AUGAAGAAGGUUAAAAGCAGAUUAAAAGCAGGUCUAUGUUUUGACAAGUUGAAAGAUGAGUUGGAGCUAAUAUUUAGAGCAGAGAAGCCUUUGGCUCUCGAGUCUAGAGCCGUGGAUGACUCCCUGCUGCUCUGUAAACAGUCUGACACUCUGCAGGUGUCUGAGCUUCCUCUGCUUUGCACAGCGCACGUCAUUUUGGCCACUUUUGAGCUGGGACCCACUCCCACUGGCCCCAACUCACCCUCAACACUGCUCCAAUUCACCCCAACACUGCCCCACACUCACCCCCAACACUCCCCCAACUCACCCCCAACACUGCCCCAACUCACCCCCAACACUGCUCCAAUUCACCCCCAACACUCCCCCAACUCACCCCCAACACUGCCCCAACUCACCCCCAACACUGCCCCAACUCACCCCCAACACUGCCCCAAUUCACCCCCAACACUGCCCCAACUCACCCCCAACACUGCUCCAAUUCACCCCCAAGACUGCCCCAACUCACCCCCAACACUCCCCCAAUUCACCCCCAACUCACCCCCAACACUGCCCCAGCACUCCCCCAACUCACCCCAACACUCCCCACUGCCCCAACACUCCCCCGACACUCCCCCAAUACUCCCCCAACUCACCCCCAACACUUCCCCAACACUCACCCCCGACACUCCCCCAACACUCCCCCAACUCACCCCAAUACUCCCCCAACUCACCCUCAACACUGCCCCAAUUCACCCCCAACACUGCCCCACACUCACCCCAACACUCCCCCAACUCACCCCCAACACUGCCCCAACUCACCCCCAACACUGCCCAAACUCACCCCCAACACUGCUCCAAUUCACCCCCAACACUGCCCCACACUCACCCCCAACACUCCCCCAACUCACCCCCAACACUGCCCCAACUCACCCCCAACACUGCCCCAAUUUACCCCCAACACUGCCCCAACUCACCCCCAACACUGCUCCAAUUCACCCCCAAGACUGCCCCAACUCACCCCCAACACUGCCCCAGCACUCCCCCAACACUGCCCUAACACUCCCCCAACUCACCCCAACACUCCCCACUGCCCCAACACUCCCCCGACACUCCCCCAACACUACCCUAACUCACCCCCAACACUACUCUAACUCAAUCCCAAUACUCCCCCAACUCACCCCCAACACUGCCCCAACACUCACCCCCGACACUCCCCCAACACUGCCCCAGCACUCCCCCAACUCACCCCAAUACUCCCCCAACUCACCCUCAACACUGCCCCAAUUCACCCCCAACACUGCCCCAACACUCCCCCAACUCACCCUCAACACUACCCCAACACUCCUCCAACUCACCCCCAGCACUCCCGCAACUCACCCCCAAUACUCCCCCAACACUGCCCCAGCACUCCCCCAACUCACCCCCAAUACUCCCCCAACUCACCCCCAACACUGCCCCAACACUCACCUCCGACACUCCCCCAACACUCCCCCCACUCACCCCCAAUACUCCCCCAACUCACCCUCAACACUGCCCCAAUUCACCCCCAACUCACCCCCAACACUGCCCCAACUCACCCCCAACACUGCCCCAAUUCACCCCCAACACUGCCCCAACUCACCCCCAACACUCCCCCAACUCACCCCCAACACUGCCCCAACUCACCCCCAACACUGCCCCAAUUCACCCCCAACUCACCCCCGACACUCCCCCAACACUGCCCUAACACUCCCCCAACUCACCCCAACACUCCCCACUGCCCCAUCACUCCCCCGACUCACCCCCGACACUCCCCCAACACUACCCUAA